CCAUGGCAAUUAGGAUUUCAAGACGCAGCAAGUCCUAUGAUGCAAGGAAUAAUCGAUUUACAUCACGAUAUCUUUUUCUUCCUCAUUCUGAUUUUGGUUUUCGUAUCACGGAUCUUGGUUCGCGCUUUAUGGCAUUUCCACUAUCAAAAAACCCAAUCCCGCAAAGGAUUGUUCAUGGAACUACUAUCGAAAUUCUUCGGACCAUAUUUCCUAGUAUCAUCCUGAUGUUCAUUGCUAUACCAUCAUUUGCUCUGUUAUACUCAAUGGACGAGGUAGUAGUAGAUCCAGCCAUUACUAUCAAAGCUAUUGGACAUCAAUGGUAUCGGACUUAUGAGUAUUCAGACUAUAACAAUUUCGAUGAACAGUCACUCACUUUUGACAGUUAUACGAUUCCAGAAGAUGAUCUAGAAUUGGGUCAAUCAAGUUUAUUAGAAGCGGACAAUAGAGUGGUUGUACCAGCCAAAACUCAUCUACGUAUUAUUGUAACACCUACUGAUGUACCUCAUAGUUGGGCUGUACCUUCCUUAGGUGUCAAAUGUGAUGUUGUACCUGGUCGUUUAAAUCAGAUCUCUAUUUCGGUACAACGAGAAGGGGUUUACUAUGGUCAGUGCAGUGAGAUUUAUGGAACUAAUCAUGCCUUUACACCUAUCGUCGUAGAAGCUGUUCCUAGUAAAGAUUAUGGUUCUCGGGUAUCCAAUCAAUUAAUCCCACAAACAACAGGGGAAGCUUAAGCGAAAAUGAAAGAGUAGGGUGAGGGAUAAAGGGGGAAGCCACUAAAUGGAAGGCUUCGCUCGCUCUAAGGCUCGUUUAGUAGACAGCGAGUGGAGUGCAUAAGCCCCUUUAGAGUUAGAGAUAGGGGCAAGUACUACACGAGCUCAUAAGUCAAGUACGGAACGAGCGGAGGAGAGCGACCUUAUCUUGCUUGCUUUUGGCGAAGCUUCUAGAAGGCCACCACUUCAUAGGAGUGAUAGCGAAGCCGUAUAAAGGCAAACAGCUCGUAUAGCUCGCAAUAGCGAGCCUACUUUUAGCUUUUUU